AUACAAACACGCACAAUCCCCACCACGAUGGCUGGAGGUGGCGUGUCAUGCUGCAAUGGUUAAACCCCGCUGGAGUCUGCAGGAAAACUGCCACUUUUCACGAAGCCCGUAGCUAACUUUGUGCACGAUAAUGUUAAUGUCCUGGGGGGUCCAGUUUGGUUUCAGACUACAAUACAAUUGAGACAUUGGUUCUUAUAGAUGACGAAAAAUAAACCUGGAAACUGAAAAGUUAAAUGGAAGAACUGGUUGCUGAACGUCAUUACAUAAAGAAGCUAAGAGCUGACUAUAUUAAAACGCCCACUUUAGACCGCAAGGCUGAGAUCCUCCUUGUGGCACUAGCACCACAGUGGCAGGUCUGUGUCAGGAUAGCGGCAGGCGAGCGGCACUCGUUCAACACCCGUCAAGGAGCUGAGUGGGUGGAGCCACGAUUCCUGAGAACACCCAUUUUUACGAUAGGUCAGCUGUAUGGAUUUUAGUUCAGUCACAAAGGAGCUGUGUUUUUUUUCUUGUCAAUACCAAAAGUGUACAGAUAAGAUAGAUGAUGUGUCUUUUUGUAGACUUAAUACUAUGCUGAAUAUUGUUUUGCUACUACUACAUUUCACUUAUUUUUCCUCCAUGUAUACCUGAACAUGCACACCUUAAGUGUAACAGCUACUAUAACUGCACAACUAUAUAAAUUCUAAUUAACUGGGGGAUAAACUUUUUUUUCUUAACCCCUUGAAUAUAAAUGGGACCCAUUGAAAUUGGAUGCAAUGGUGCAAAUAAAUUGAUCUUUGGAGCUUAAAACUGUAUGCCCGUGUUGCGCAACCAGGUUCAACUUUAUUUAGAAAUGUACUUUAUUGAAAUACUUUUUUGUUUUGAAACAAAAAGGAACAAAUGCAAUCUUUACUAAUUAUCAGGCCUACUUUAAUAGUCAUAUUAGCUGCAAUAUUGAAUGACGUUUUUCACUUUUUGUGCCAACUGACACUGACAAGUGUUUAUGCCUAAAUGUUAGAAUUUGGCUUUUUAAAUACAAGAUAAAUAUCUCCACUUGUAUGUAGGUGCCACGAGCUGCCAAUAGUUGUCACAGGAGUGCCACCACUUGGGCUCAGACCAUUGCCACUAGUCAGAGAUGUGUGCUCCCUCCUUUUAUUCAUUUUUCUUCAGUAAUUGAAAACAACUUUCACUGACAUUUUAUCAAACCACUUUUUUUUUUUAUUGAUGUGACCGGUGUCAUUUUUCAGCGGAGCAUGAUUCAUUGAUUGGAGUUCCAUUCAUACGAUUCGAUGUGAGGUCCUGGGACAGGGAUGUCGUAUGUGUACAGAUUGUAAAGCCCUCUGAGGAUAAUUUGUGAUUUUGGGCUAAAAUAAACUGAAUUGAAUUGAAAGUAUGCAGUAGUUGUAGACAAUCAGAUAUUGUACGGAAAAAUUUAAUUUGCCAGGAACAAAGACUCCACCAAACAGGCGUUGGAGUGGGCAGAGAGUGGGCGACUUAAAUGUUGCGAUUAUAUAAAGACCAACGCACAUAGAAUCUCUCAGGUCAAACCUGUUCAAUCUUCUGUCCGUCCUACUCAUUCGCCUUGAGACCGAGCUUUUGAGGCAGUAGCACCAAAGCUAUGGAAUGCUCUGCCUGCUGAUUCUUUUAAAAAUCAACUCUUGACAUACCUGCUUCGGCUGGCGUUUGGGUAAAAUGAUUGCUCUAGGCCUGCUUUUAAUCUGUUUUUAUUUUGUAUUUCAUUGUGCCUUCUUAAAAUACAUUUCUUGUAAAUGAUUGACCCUUGUAUAGUCCCAUUGUGUUCAUUUUGUUUUCUUGUUACCACUGUCAAGCACUUGCUCUGUAAAUACAUUGUACUUAGAGUCAAGGCUGUCAUUGAUGGCAAAGAUACUUCAAAGGUGCAAUAAAACCAUAAAAACUUGCUCAAAUCAAAGUAGUUUGAUUAGCUUUGUCGACGCAGUAAAUAAUGAAGUGUACUUUGAAACCUUUGAUAUUUAUAGCUUUUGAGAUAGUGUUGGUCCACCUCUCCACCCUGAAGUCUGCAUGGUACGAUCAGGCUACGAGGUUUACCUCAUUUGUUAUAUUGGCAUUAAAUACAUAUUUAAGGACAGUAAUUUAUCUUUAAGUCAAGAUGUACUUUACUGUGUGAUUUGAGCUUUAGAGUGGUCGGUUUAGAGGUACAGAAUGACAUUGUUGUGAUCCUUCGUCAGAAACCACAAUGACGAUAUAUAUGCGAAGAGCUGGAAUAAUUGGAGCCUCUUUACUCUCAAUAUACUUCCUCAUUUACAUGAUCGCGAGUUGGAGAACAGGCCAAUCUUUUCCAGAGCGUGUCACGGAUCAAGAGGUUCUGAGGAGGAAACUGGACCGGAUUGAAAAGACCCUAAACAAGCUGGCAAAGCUGAUGGAAGUAUCUGACCUAAAGAACUCCACCAAUGAAGUUUUACUAAAUGUGGAUAAAGUAAAAGAGAAGAUUGUGAUCCCAAAGCUAUAUCCAAACUCCUUCCUGUUUGCCAAGUGGGGCGAUGACCUGUCAGAAGAGGAACAAAAGGAGGCGGAGGCUCUAUUUCAGAUUUAUGGAUACAACGCCUUUCUGAGCAAUAGGUUGCCAAUAGACAGGAAGCUUCCAGAAACAAGAGACAAAAGGUGUCUGAUGAAGAAUUAUCCCAUCGACCUGCCAUCCAUCAGCGUGGUACUGAUCUACAUAAACGAGGCUCUUUCGGUCAUCAAAAGGGCCGUGAGAAGCAUCAUCACCCACACUCCAGAGCACCUGCUGAGGGAAAUCGUUCUAGUGGAUGACUGCAGCACUUACAACGACCUUGGAAAUCCAUUGCAAGACUACAUUGAGCAGAUUCACAAAGAGAGGCCUGGACUCAUAAAGAAAGUGCGGCAUAAGCAACAUAUGGGGUUGUCCCAGUCCCGGAUCUCAGGUUGGGAGCAUGCCACAGCAGAUGUUGUGGCCAUUUUGGAUGCCCAUAUUGAAACCACAGAGGGAUGGGCAGAACCUCUGCUGGACAGGAUCAAGGCUGACAGGACAGUGGUGGUGUCCCCUGUGUUUGAGAAGGUGCAUUUUGACAAUCUACACGUAGAAACAUAUAUCCCGUUCUCUCAUGGCUUUGACUGGGCUUUGUGGUGUAUGUACGAGUCCUUUAGGCCAGAGUGGCUGAAGAUGGGGGAUGAAUCGUUGCCUGGGAAGAGUCCCUCCGUUAUGGGAAUCUUUGCAGCAGACCGACUCUUCCUUGGAGAAAUCGGUGGGCUUGAUGGCGGAAUGACAGUUUACGGUGGAGAAAAUGUUGAACUUGGAAUUCGUGUGUGGCUGUGUGGAGGCAGCGUAGAGGUGGUGCCUUGCUCAAGGGUAGCUCACAUUGAGAGGGCACACAAACCGUAUGCACCUGAUCUCAACUCUGCCAUGAGGAGAAAUGCCUUGAGGGUCGCAGAUAUCUGGUUGGACGAGUACAAGCGGAACGUGCUCAUUGCCUGGAAUCUCCCUCUGAAGAAUCAUGGAAUUGAUACCGGUGACGUGUCCGAGAGGAGGAAGCUCAGAGAAAAGCUGAACUGUAAACCUUUCAAGUGGUACCUGGACAACGUUUAUCCAAGUCUGGAAACAUGGGAUAACGUCUUGGGGUAUGGUGUGCUGCAGAACGCCCUUCUAAGGAGCCAGUGUGUGGACCAGGGAGUCAUUCCAGGAAACAUCCCCAUCCUGUAUGAAUGCCACUUCCAGCAGCCACAGCAUUGCUUCUACACCGCAGAUGGGGAAGUCAUCAUUGGGGCGAUUAAAUCUCACAAAUAUAACAGUAACCGCUGCCUGGUUGAUCCAGGCUCUGGCAGCUCUCCCACCCUGCAGGAGUGUCCGCUGGCUAAACUAAAGCAACUACACAUGCACUGGGACUUCAAACAAGGCCAAUCGAUCAGAAACAAAGCAACAAAGAGAUGUCUUGAGAUCGCCCAGGGAGAAAGCUAUAAGGUCAUCAUUCAACAGUGCACUGGACAGAGCUGGACGAUUGAGCAUCUUAUCACAAGUUUUUAGU